UUAAAUACAUCUCACUGUUCGGGAGUUGCCAAUGACCAGGCUGAGCUAUCCCGGGCCCUACGACUGCACCAUGAUCUACUACGACUGCACGGCAUAGACACUGUGCGCUUGGGCCAGGCCAACCCCGGUGAUGACGUCACGAGCGAUGGCUCUGGGGAGAGCACCACGUGCGACAGCGGCCGCGGCGGAAGUGAAGACGAUACCGGAAGUCACGGAAGACAGAGCCCGCUGCAGCAAGUCCCCAACAUUCCACGUCCUGGCUUCACAAACAUGAUCGGCCGCCCUAUGGGCUACUCACCGGACACACAACUGCAGUCACAACCAAUCAUUCGAUCAGUGUGUACUCCCCCGGUUAAACAUGUCUCAUUCAGCGAUGACUUCCGACAGGAGCUGUCUGAACUCCUUCCGCCACAUUUGAGAGUUCAAGGUAUAGCUCAUGACCUCAGUGGAGGCCAUUGGGAAUCUUCAAUGACUGCCCCCACUGGAUGUCAUCCUCUCGGAUAUAACGAGUUAAAAUUGAGCAUAGACCAUAGUUACGACACGGCAGAGGACGGAAACAGUACAACAACCAGCGGAAGCUACACGGUGGAUGACUUGUCGCCUAGGGUCAAUGCUUCCAGGUACAUGACCAAGCACGCUAUGGUCUAA